AUGACACAGAGCUCGCCCCAAUCGUUCCGUGAGGACAAGAUGGACAACCACGAUAUUGAAUCCGGAUACGUCUCAGGCCAGGAUGGCGAGGUCCCUGUCAAGUCCGCCUCGUCUUCACCCCUCAUCUGCCUCAGCAAGCCCCAUAUCGAGUACCUCAACAACCAGAUGGAGUCGAUGCACCCCAUCGACAUCCUCCGCUUCUGCAAGAUCAUGUUCCCCAACCUGUACCAGUCAACCGCCUUUGGCCUGACCGGCCUCGUCACCAUGGACAUGUUGUCCAAGAUCCAAGCCGAGAGCCCGGGCUCCCGCACCGUCGACCUCAUCUUCCUCGACACCCUGUACCACUUUGACGAGACGUACGACCUGGUCGAGCGCGUCAAGGCCCGCUACCCCAACGUACCCGUCCACGUCUUCAAGCCCGACGGCGCCGACACGCCUGCGGAGCUCGAGGCCACGUAUGGCGAAAAGUUCUACCACACCGCCGGCGACAUGUACGACUACAUUGUCAAGGUCGAGCCCCUGCAGCGGGCGUACGACACCCUCAAUGUCGCCGCCGUUCUCAACGGCCGCCGCCGCUCCCAGGGCGCCGCCCGCGGCUCCAUCCCCAUCAUCGAGCUCGACGAGGAGCGCGGCAUCAUCAAGAUCAGCCCGCUCGCCGCCUGGUCCUUUUCCCAAGUCAACGAUUACAUCAAGGCAAACAACGUCCCCUACAACGCCCUCCUCGACCAGGGCUACAAGUCCGUCGGCGACUGGCACUCGACCGUUCCCGUCAAGGACGGCGAGGACGAGCGCGCUGGCCGCUGGAAGGGCCAGUCCAAGACCGAGUGCGGCAUUCACAACAAAAAGUCGCGCUACACCCAGUUCCUCAAGGACAUGGAGAGUAGCCAGCAGAUUUCCGUCUAA